UUGCGUUUGCCGCUUGCUCCAGCUGAGCUAAGAGUAGCAGCGGCACCAGGGCAGGGACUGACUCCAGCCCUUGGACUUGGGACAUCGCAACACGUUCUCUUGCCUGCGUGACUCAUUCGCACAUCAUUUCUGUUUAUGCCUGGGGUGGGGAGAAAUAUCCCAAACCAGCUGUGUAAAUGAGUAUGGAAGAUUAUGAUUUCCUGUUUAAAAUUGUUUUAAUUGGCAAUGCUGGUGUGGGGAAGACGUGCCUAGUCCGACGAUUCACUCAGGGUCUUUUCCCCCCAGGGCAAGGAGCCACAAUUGGAGUUGAUUUUAUGAUUAAGACGGUGGAGAUUAAUGGUGAAAAAGUAAAGCUUCAGAUCUGGGACACAGCAGGUCAAGAGAGAUUUCGGUCCAUUACCCAGAGUUAUUACCGAAGCGCCAAUGCCUUGAUCCUCACCUAUGACAUAACCUGCGAGGAAUCCUUCCGUUGCCUUCCUGAGUGGCUGCGGGAGAUAGAACAAUAUGCCAGCAACAAGGUCAUCACUGUGCUAGUGGGCAACAAGAUUGAUCUGGCUGAAAGGAGAGAGGUCUCCCAACAGAGAGCUGAAGAAUUCUCAGAGGCUCAGGACAUGUAUUACCUGGAGACCUCAGCCAAGGAAUCCGAUAAUGUGGAGAAACUCUUCCUUGACUUAGCAUGCCGCCUCAUCAGUGAAGCCAGACAGAACACACUUGUAAACAAUGUAUCCUCACCCUUGCCGGGAGAAGGGAAAAGCAUCAGCUACUUGACUUGUUGUAAUUUCAACUAAAGGCUGAGGCGAGGAGAAGCAAAAGGAAUCAGCAGCUGCCCUGAUGGGCUCCGAAUUGCUGGGAAGAUCUGGUGAUGACUGUGGCUCCCGCUCUCAGACCUUCUGAUUCCUGUGGGAUCCAGAGCUUACAAAGCAUGGCAGGCCAAAGGCUUUGUCCACAGGCCAGCAUUCGCAGAACAUAUAACGGUUUCAUCCUUUUGCAGUCAGGAGUUGGAGCAAGGAGAAAAUUGCACUAGGCGCUCCAUGAUCUGCAGAGCAUGUUGCUUUUGUUCUUUAAAAAAAAAAAAAAAAAAAAAAAAGCAAGUAAAAGCGCAUUCCUGAACACAGUCCAGGGGGAACUGCACUGUAGGGAUCCCUCCUGAACGUCAGUGGGUGCAUGUGGGGGCUAUUAUUUAGGGCUUUUGGGGGCCCUGGUUUUCCUGUCUACCAGAUAAACCAAAACUGGGAAGGCCAAGUACUGCCUCUGUGGUGCGUAUUGAUGACUCCAUGGAGACUUUGAAAAGUGUUAUUUCCCUUGUCCACAGGCACUUUCAAGAACUUUGGGAUGUAAAAAUGAAAUGAAACUUUUUCCCAUGACCAACAGUAACAAUCAUUGGUUUAAUAAUAUAUACAAGCUCCAUGACUCCUUUUGGUGCUAAUGAUUCUGCUCUUUCACAGACCAAACAUUUUAGUAUAUUGAUGUCCUUAAAUGUAUUACAUUGAAAUAAAAAAAAUAAUAAUAAGGGAAGUCCAUGAAUCGGCACUCUUUCUCAAAGUCUCAUUACUAUCUUUUCUAGGGUGGAUCUGUUGGAAAAUAAAAUACUUUCCCUCUCAAAUUCUGUCCCCUCUAAUUCUCUAUCAUUUUCUUCUCCUGUUCUCUCAUCUUUCCUGCCCUUUAAGUAAAUGAAAAUGUUAGAAAAUGAAAAAAAAAAGUUGGUGAUAUUCUAAUAUAAAAGACUAAUUCUGAGACGUUAUGAGUAGUAUGAGUAAACAGACCAGAUCUGACCAAAAUACUGUGGAUUAAUGGACUGCGAUGCAGAGUUCUAAGCAGAGCACAGUCCUUGACAGCAGGUGACAUCUUUUACUUCCUGGUACUAUCCAUCUUGGACAGACCAAGGCUUAGAAUUUUGUACAUGUUUUUAGUAUGAUAAGUGACAAUAAGCAACAGAUGAAAAGUCUCAUGAACCACUUUUGUAUCUUCAAUUACCUUAGAAAAAUUCUGCUUGUGGAAGCAGAUGGAGCUGUUAUUUGUCCCUUCUUCAUGUAAUAAUGUUCCUCUCAGACUCAUGAUCAUACAUUCUUUCCUGUUUCUUUUUCUUUUCCUUUCUUUCCUGGUUUCCCCAUUCUUUACUCUUUUCCUCUCACCCUUUAUAUGAUGUGUUACUGCAAAUCUCCAAUUCAAAUGGAGGUGUAUAUGCCUUUACUUAGCCAAUUUUAAAACAAGACUCAAAAUGAAAGAUGUGCUGCUGAAUAUGUGUUACUAAUUUCUUUAGUGCCAUACUUUGAUGCCUUCCAAUUUGUUCACUGAUAUAAAUGCAAAUUGAGGAAAUAAUUAAACCUGUAUGUUGUUCAUGGUGUCAGAUGUUUCUGUAGCUUGCUGCUUGGCAUCACUUAGGGAUGAGUAAUGGAAUAAGGGUAGGAUAUGCAAUUCUGUUGCUGUAGAUGGUGGCAAUCUCAGUCCUGAUGUGUUGAUGUUUGAAAGCUAUUUAAUUUUAAAGAACUGAGGCACAUAGAGACAUGAUAUUGAUAAAGCAUUUCUAGCAUUUCUCUAGCAGAUUCGUGUGACCCAUCUCUUGUAUACAGAUUAUACAUAUUGUAUAAGAGAUUGAUACUUUUGGUUGGCUUCACUGUUUGUCCAGGUCCUAUGGGUGAGAGAAAGAGAUCCCAGAAGUUUGAAUUGCUUUUCUUUUGAAUCUGUUUCUACAGGAAAGAAAAAUCAUUUUAAUAAACCCCAACCAAAAUCAUUUAUAAUCGUUUUUCCCUCCUCAUUUCUCCAUUAAGCCAGCAAAUAUAAAACUAUUAAGAAAACAAGUUGAUGAAGGAGGGUAGAAGAAGAACUUCUCUUUUUAAACUGUGAGGAAAUGUCAAUAGAUUUAGAUUUACUGUCUUUCAUUUAGGGCAAAAAUCCAACUAUCCCAUGUGAUGACCCAACUUUGUCUCCACAGCAGCAAGUGUGUUGAAAGUAAAACUGCUUUGUGAACUUAGACUUUGUUAGAUUGGACAAAUUUAGUCAUAGAACGACAACUUCUAGGACCACUCUUGCAUUCUGAAAUUCAUAUUCCCUAGGGCUCAGCUGCUUCUGUCUACCCUUGGCCAUAAUUGUAAGGGGAUUAAAUAGUUCUGUUCUUGGCCCUUUCCUUCCCUGUCCCCCUCCCCCAGCCUUUCUGUAAUUUACAGUCAGUCACCCCAUCCAUGGUCCAUAAGCAGAGAUACAUGGGAAUUUUAGAGCUUUCCUCCCCACCUUAGUUGUGUGAAUUCCAGAUUAGGCCUUGUGGACACUUGUUCACUGAUAUAUCUCUAGUUUGAGAACAAUCCCUGACAAUAUUGUAGGUGCUCAAUAACUGUUAGUUGAAUAAAUGACUUAGUGCCAAGUGGAGCUUUGCCAGUUAUGUAGAAAUUUCUAAAAUAGAAUUUGAGAAAGGGUACUAAUUAAAUGUGGUCAUCUUAACCCAGACCAGGAGCUACACUCACUGGCUUGUUUACUAGUUGUUAUUGUCAUGGCAAUAUUUGCUAAGAUGAGCCUUCUUAAAUAAAAAUGAAUUCUCAUUUAUUAAUGGUGGAUGAAAAAGAGAGUUGCUCUCUCAUAAUUCAAUUUGGCUUAAUGUGCCUCACACUAUCAGAGUCCAUGUCUGCUUCCAUUUUUGGUGUAAUAAAGUUACUAUGGGGCACCUGAAUGGCUCAGCCAGUUGCGCAUCUGCCUUCGGGUCAGGAUCCUGGGAUCAAGCCCCACAUCAGUCUCCCUGCUCAGUGGGGAGUCUGCUUCUCCCUCUCCCUCUGCUGCUCCUCCUGCUUGUUCUCUCUCACUCUUUGUCUCUCCCCAAUAAAUAAAAUUGGCACUUAUAUGGCAAAACUUUUUUCAAUUUCCAGUGAAAACACAUGAUAUUCAUGUCAAAGAUUUGGGAGAUUCUGUGAAAUCAUAUAGCUCGCUGAUAUUAAUAUUUUAUUAUGGCUUUGUGUAGACUGUAUCCUGAGUGGAUUUUGUGCUUUUUCCUUUACCUAUAUGAGGCUUUUUAUUUCUUUACAUGCUUUUAUUAUUUCUAUUGAAUUAACAUUUAAUUUUGAUUAUGCAGGGCCAAUUAUCCUUUCUGCAGAUUAGAUUAGGCAAUUAGCUUUCCUGACCUUUCUUUUUCCCUACCUUUUCUACUCAUGUCAUGUUGCUAUCUCUUCCUGAGUAAAGUGGCAAGAGUGUAAGUAGAAAUGAAAGUCAAAUGAAUUGAUUUGGCAAUGUGUCAAUUUCUGAAAGAAAGAUAAAAAUCACUAGCCAAAAUAAUAUAUUUGGAUUAGGAUUAUUUUAAGCAAUUAGAUUUGUUGGAGAGGGGAGGCAGAAAUUAACAGAGGACUGGAUUCUAUUCAUGAAUAUAUACCUUUAGAGGACACUGGUGACUUCUAGUGUUAGGUCAAUGAUUUGUCUUUUAUCUCCUUCACUAUUACAUAUAAUUCUUCCAGAUUCAGCAUCAAAUUUCAGUUAAUGAAUCAUUUUGAAAAGAUAUCAGUUGCAAGUGAUUUUGAAUUGCUCUUCUGACUAAAGUGAAAACAUCUUUUUUAUAAACGAAGCCACAUAAGAUAUCAUCUUAUAACCAGAAAAAAACUUCCAUUUUUUUUCAUCCCAUAUAUCAAACCAAUGGCUCUUAAGAUAGACACUUUCUUUUUCUUAAUCCUGCAGAAUGCUACAUUUUAUGGCCAUUCGUAUUUUACAGAAUACUCUUACUAGCCUCUGGAAGAGCUCUUCUAGGGUUUGCCCAUUGUUUUCUCUAGAUUUUUUUUUUUAAACUGGAACUGUUUAUGUACUUUUCCUCAACCAUGGUCCUGACAGAUGCAUUUUAAUGCCAUCAUAAUACUUUUGAGACUUAAAUUGAAAUUCAAAAACAGUGAAAAGAUGUGUCUCUCAUUGUUCAGACAAACAGCACUCCACAUAAGCAAUCUGGUUGAGCACUAAUUUUGGGAUAAGAGGGGGAUGUGUUUGCUUUUCUUUCUUUUCAAAUUUCAUUUCUGUCCCACGAGUACAUUUGUGUUUAAAAGGAAAGCUGCCUUCCCUUACGUUCAUUACACUAGGUAGAAGGCAUACUGAAUUAAGAAGUUAUCAUCCCUUCAAACAAUUAAUAUAGUAAUCUUAGAACCAGAGAAAUGACACUUCAUCUUCUUUCCUAAGUCUAUGAUGUUGGAAUGUUACAGUCAUUUUUGGGAGCUAUACUUUAAAAUUAAAAACAAACUGAAGCAUAACAAAGAUGAUGAAGGAAUUUAAAAUUUAUGGCACUCGAAGAAUGUUUGAAGAAGUUAGCUUAGGAAAGAGACAGGAAUACAACUAGUGGAUUAGAGCAAGUCUCUGGUCAAAGCAGUGGAGUGCCCACUGAUUAUAAAUACCAUAAGGCCACAGAUUUGGGCUGUAUGUCAGGGAGAACUUUCUCAAAAGAUGAGUCACCAUGGAAGGGUCUGCUUAGAUAAUAGUAUCUGUCAAGCAGAUGCUAGAUGAUGUGGGAAAGGAUCUCAACAUUGGUUGGAGGUUGGACUAGAUGACCUAUUAACUUAUGUUGUAGCACUUUGCCUCUCAUAACAGUUAAGUAUCUAUUGACUCACAGCUAAUGAUUUUUUUUUAAAGGCUUUGCUAUUUGCCAACCCUCCUGGAAGGAGUUGGUUACAUGUUGUUUGGCUAAGAGGCUGGCUUGUCAUUGUGCCCUAGGCUGGGAUUGCUUUGUCAAUCCAUUCACUGAUGUUCAGUUGAAAUCACAAACUGGUUCUUGAGUUAAAAAGAAGAAAAGGUAUUGUUUUAAUAGAAGUUAUGUGAAAUCAUAGAAAUCAUGUUCUUGUCACUUGCCAAACAUAGGCCAUGCUCAGUUUAGUGAAUAAUCAGUACCUAGGAUUUCAGACCAGGCAUUUUUAGCAGAACAGAAUCUUCAGUUAUAGAUCCCAUGAAUAUGCCAACAUGAAGUUUUGCAGCUUCCAUUAGGGAUGGGCUGGUGUGUGUUAAUGACAUAAAGCAGAUCCUAUGACCUAUUUUGGCACAGCCUCAAAUGACUUGGUUAGUUGGCUUGAUUCUCUUGAAAAAACAUGAUCUGCAAAUUAUUUUAAUAGAACCAAGCCUAAAUUCUUUAUGUAGAAAAAGUAACAAAACAUGGAUUGUCAAAAAUCAGAGAUAACUAUAAGCAACAUUUACUAAUAAAGUCCAUGACCAAAUAAUCCCAUCUGCAAAAUAACUUGCAUCCCUGUUAGGCUGAUAGAUGGCUUUUCAUUAUUCUUUAUAAAGUCAUUGGUCUUGCAUCAAUAUGGUGAGAAACACUUCAGUUUGGGUAAAGUUUCUUUGACUCCUUUAAAUUAGAGGUCAGGGCACAAAAGCUAGCCAUCUCUUUAAUUGGCUUACUUGGUACAUGAGACAAAUUUUUACUUUCCCACUGAAUUAGAGCAGAAUUUCUGGAGAUGUUGUGUUCUAGUUCCUAAGGGAAUCCUUGUUGGGUUGUUAACUUUAACAUUUCAGGGAGUGAUGACGGAGAUGUGUAGAAGGGGGAAAGGGGGAACACCAGGUUAGGUAUGAGGAGUCCUAGUACUGCCAUGAAUUAGCUGUAACUUUAUGCAAAGCAUAAUCUCUUGAGCAUCAGUUUCCUUAUCUGUGAGAGAUAGACUCAUAAUACCUGUCAGGAUUAUUGUGAAAAUUAGUUAAGAUAAAUCAAAAGUUAGGACAGUGCUCAGUAAACAGUAUGCACUCAAAUAUUAGUUCUUUUCUUCUUAAUUAAGGGCAGAUUUUGGAUGGUCUGAUAAAAGUAUAGAUUUUUAGGACAAAACAAAGAACACUUCUCAACUUCAAAGAGCACCAUUUCUGAAAGGGCCUUAAAAGGAAGUCACUUAUUUGAUCCAUCUUUCUGCCUUUGGGCAUUACUGUUACCCAAGAGUCUCUUUAUUUCUUUACAUACUUCAGGAAAGGUAUUCUUGCACUCUUUCCCAAUAGGCAAUUCCAGGGUUGCAAACUCAUUAUCAGGAAACUUAACUUAUUACUGAAAUACCUCACAGUGCUAUUUGAACCUCUUUCUUCUUGGGCCCAUUCUCCACAAGAAGAAAAAUGGGUUGAUCUUAUCUUCUUUUUAAGGGACCAUGUUUGCCAUUUAUUAUUGCCCUUAAUGACAUUCAGAAAAAGCUCAUUAAGGUCAUAAUCAUUAUUCUCUUGGGGAAUGUCAGACUAGGUAUUUAUAAACUCUUAGUUUCUUACUAAUAUCAGAUACAGAUCAUAAUCUUACGGUUGAUUAACUCAUCAAUUAUCCAUGUAUUUUUCUUCCUUAUGUACUUGAUAACACAGUGUGAUUCUGAAGUAAUCUGGUUAUGGCUUUUGUUUUCUCCUUUUGACAAAAAUGGAGUCAUGAAACCUAGUUUUGUCACCUGUUUUUAGAAUUUCAUUUCAUAGAUGACAUAUACUUGAUGGACAUAAUAACCAACACCCAAAUUUUGCAGGGUUUCUGUCCCUUUCUACAUGUACACUGUAUUCUGAAAUAAAAAUUGGAGUACCCAAUGCCUAAUAAAGCAAAAGUUUAUGUAGAGAAUAAUGAAAGAAUCUGGUCUGUUAGGAUAAUUUAUCACUAGUUAGUUGAAUGGUCCACAGUUUUGUUUAAAGUUACAUAGUUAUGCCUGGAUUAAAUAACAAUAGCAAAACUUGAUAAGCCCUCUGAAAAACAGCUGCUAAACAUAUUGCUUUCUGGAAUGUAAUCAUUAGAAAUACUCUCUCAUCCUAUACAACUGCAGAAUGCUACUGGAACUUUCUUGUAGGCUAUUUGACAAUGAAUGUCAAUUGAUUUAUUUUAAAAAAAUUAAUCUUCUUAUCCCUUUAAGAUGUGUUGGGGCUUUCAUGUCCCUUUGUUGAAAAUUUCAAAUGACUGGAACGCUGGCUUCUAAUUUCUGCUCACUGAAGUGUUCUAGACAUACCAGAUGGUUGGAGCUCCUUUGAUAUGUAAGGGAGCCAUAUAAAUGUAUUUAUGUAAAUACACUUACAUAAAUGUAAGUGUGUAAGUUGUUUUCAGCAACACACACUCUCACACACACACCCCUCCAAAACUCUGUUUCAAAUUUCAAAUAAUAAUGGGUUAAGAAGACAUUUUUUGAUCACCUAAAGGGAAAAAGUUAUGCCCCACAUAUAUUAUUACUAUACUUUAAUGCAUGACUUUUAGUGUAGGGAUGAAAUGAAAUGCAAAAUAUAUCAUUCUGGAGUUCUUCUCAGCAGCUAGUUAAAAUAUUUAGAGAAGCUGUUUUAUGAAGACUUAGAGAACCCCUGACUUCCCCCCUUUUCCUAUCUCUUUCCUUUAAAACAUGGAUCUUUAACAUACACAUAGUUUUAACAAACAUGUUAUUCAUCAAAUCUUAUGAACUCAGUUAUUAAUAUUUGGCUGGUUUUAAGCAUAGGCUCUCAGUAAUAUCUGAACACACCAGUAUAUAAAAAUCUAACCAUCUGCUUCAGCACAGGCGUAAUACUUAGUUUUAAAUGUUAAUAUGCAGAAAAUAACAGUACAAUGUAUUGUCCUAUAUGUUCAUGUAUUUUGUUUGUUCAAUAAAAAGCCUGUUAGAAAUAUAAGCCCAUAAUGACCUGAGUGCACUUAGCUGAAAACAUUCUAUAGAAAGGUGAUUGUAUAAAAACUUCAAUCAACAUUAAAUAGGAGGGAUAGGGAACAGGAACUUCAUUAAAAUCUUUUUUUUUUUUUUUAAUGAAGUUGUAGCCCUCUUUUUGGAAUUAAUUCACCCCUUUAAAGUGUUCCAUUUGGUGUUUUUCGUAUAUUCACAAAGUUGUACAACACUCACCACUAUCUAAGUCUAGAACAUUUUCAGUAUCCCAAAGAGAAACCGUACUCAUUAGCAAUCACUUCUCCACCCUCCUCCCCCAGCAUCUGAUAACCACUAACCUGCUUUCUGUUUCUCUGGAUUUGCCUAUCUUGAACAUUUCAUAUAAUUAUACAAUAUGUGGGUUUUUUUGUGUCUGACUUCUUUCACUUAGCAUAAUGUUUUCAAGUUUUAUGUUGUAUCAUGAAUCAAUACAUUCUUUUUAUGGCUAAAUAAUAUUCCAUUGUAUGUAUAUUCCACAAUUGUCCAUUCAUCAGUUGAUGAACAUCUGGGUUGUUUCCAUUUGGGGAUUGUUAUAAAUAAUGCUGCUAUGGACAUUGUGUACAAGUUUUCUCUGUGGAUGUAUAUUUUCACAUCUUUCUUGAAAGUGAUUAGUCCAACAAAUCAAGUCAUUUGUGUUCACUUAAGCAAAACCUCUUAAAAAUGCCACCUGGAUGUUACAACUUACAAUCUUAGGUCAAUUGGUCAGUUAGGAGACCUCUGAAAAAUGGCUAACUUCCCAAUAUGUCCAUAGGAAUCUUUCUAUGAGCCUACCAUUUAUAUAUAAUAAUCAAUUUCAUGAAGACUAUUUCAGUCUUGUAGAAAUUGAGUUGUCAAUGCAUAGAGAACUUCUAAAAUCCUCUGCAUUGUUUUAAGGGAUUUAAGCUACAAACCACGUUAGAAAGGGAGUACUCAUUCAAUCUUCUAGGAUUCAAUGAAGGAGCACUUUUAAUAUCUACUUUCCUUUACAUAUUGACUGUCUUUAAAGUUUGGAUUUUCCAUCUUGAAAAAAGAUUGUCAAAUCGCCAAACCAUCUGUCCAUUGUCUUGUUUUUAUUAAGCAAAAUUCAUACUGAGAGUAAAACUAAAAAGAAUGUAUUUUGUGUGCAAAGGAUGAAUGUAUUAAUAACUUUUUAUUUGUAAAAAUUUUUUAAAAAGAUGAAUGGAAAUUGCUUUCUCAUGUACUUGUAUAUAAAUAAACAUUUCCUGUUGCUCA